ACCUGUGGAAAAGCAAGGGGCAAAUGCGCACAGAAAACAAAUUUCGCUUCCUGCCCUUUCCCCCUCUUCUUGCUGGCAGGGUUGAUUCGUAUUACAGUUUGCUCAAAUAUUUGGAAGUGAAUUUAGGGCCCUCCCCCCAACUUAUGAUUUUAUAGCCAAUAGGUGAUGAGGUUUAUUUGCAUAUUUCCAGUCACAUAAAAAGCCCCGGAGUAGCAAUCGUGUCAGACUCCUGACUUGGGAGCCCUUCCCUCACUUUAAAGGGCAACUUUGCUCUGCCCGGCACAGAGGCUUCCCCAGCCCGCCCCCAGCCGAGCCCCUGCAGUCCAGCGCCAGCUGAGAGGGAAGCGUGCAGAGAUGGAAGGCAAAGCAUUGAUCCUGGUCGUCCUAGGCUUGUGCUUCCAGAGUCUGGUCACAUCCAGAGGGGUGGCCGCUGCCGGCUCGAACAGAAGAAGAGGAAAUGAAAAUUUUGAAGACAUUGAAAGCAAAUUUGCUCUGAGGACACCAGAGGAAAUCACUGAAGAUAGAUGCCACCUGGUUCCUGGAGACAUCAAUUCUGUGGCUGGCUGUAACUUCAAUCAUAGCAGCAAAACCUUUGUGGUGAUUCAUGGAUGGACGGUGACGGGAAUGUAUGAGAGCUGGGUGCCCAAACUUGUAGGGGCUCUGUUCAAGAGGGAACCAGACUCCAAUGUCAUUGUAGUCGAUUGGCUGUCGAGAGCCCAACAGCAUUAUCCAGUAUCUGCCGGUUACACAAAGGUGGUGGGACAAGACGUUGCCAGAUUUAUCAAUUGGCUGUCGGAACAGUUCAACUACCCACUAGACAACAUUCAUUUCUUGGGGUACAGUCUUGGAGCCCAUGCUGCUGGCGUUGCAGGAAGUCUGACAAAUAAGAAGAUUAACAGAAUUACUGGCUUAGAUCCUGCUGGUCCUAAUUUUGAAUAUGCUGAAGCUCCCAGUCGCCUUUCUCCAGAUGAUGCAGAUUUUGUGGAUGUCUUGCACACUUUCACUCGAGGAUCUCCGGGUAGAAGUAUUGGAAUCCAGAAGCCAGUGGGCCAUGUUGACAUUUAUCCUAAUGGAGGCUUCUUUCAACCAGGGUGCAAUCUUUUUGACGCUAUUAAUCAAAUUGCAACAAAAGGCCUUGGAGACAUGGAUCAGCUAGUAAAGUGCUCUCAUGAACGAUCCAUUCAUCUCUUCAUUGACUCCCUCCUGAAUGAAGAAAACCCAAGUAAGGCAUACCGUUGCAGUUCAAAGGAAGCCUUUGAUAAAGGGCUCUGCUUAAGCUGUAAGAAGAAUCGCUGCAACAACAUGGGUUAUGAGAUCAAUAAAGUGAGAGCCAAGAGAAGCAGCAAAAUGUACCUGAAGACCCGUUCUCAGAUGCCCUACAAAGUUUUCCAUUAUCAAGUGAAGUUACAUUUUCUUGGGACUGAAAGUGUGACUCAGACCAAUCAGGUGUUGCUGGUCUCUCUGUAUGGCACCAUAGCUGAGAGUGAAGACAUCUCUGUUACCCUGCCUGAAAUGUCCACCAACAAGACUUAUUCCUUUCUGAUUUACACUGAGAUCGAUAUUGGAGAACUACUCAUGGUGAAAGUACAGUGGCAAAGUGAUUCAUUCUUUAGCUGGUCUGACUGGUGGAGCAGCACUGGUUUUGGCAUCCAGAAAAUCAGAGUCAAAGCAGGAGAAACUCAGAAAAAGGUUGUCUUCUGUUCCAGAGAAAAUAUAUCCCAUUUGAAGAAAGGAAAAGACCCUUUGUCAUUUGUGAAAUGCUAUGACAAAUCACUGAACAAAAAGGCUGUCUGAAACUGUGCUAGCCCGAAGGAAGAAGACCUAUACUUGUUCUACAAGGAAUGAAAUGAAGAAAGUUGGAUUUUAAACCAAGUCCUAAUGCUUUGGGUGUUUGGAAGUGGAUUCAUCCAAGUAUUUAUGAAGCCAGCUGUAUUAUUACCAUUAGCUAUUUUUUCCUUGUUAGUUACUAGAGGAGACAGUCUCAGAACAUCUCAAAAAAUCCUCCCCUCCCCAACCAAAAAACAAAAAUAGUAUAUCGAAUUUGAGGAGAUACAGUGGCCAAGUAACAGCUGAUCUUAGAUGAAAAGAAAGCCCAUAUUAUGAAAGACAUGACAUCUCAACCACUGAGAUAAAAUAUGAAAUAUGCCCUAUGGUACUAUUCUACUGUAUAUUUUAUAUUUUCCAUAUGUGAUAUAUUUUGCAAUUUCCCAACAUUUGCAUUGAGCAGAGCCAAGGGUUUCCUAUGGUUUGCUUACAGCCAGUUCAGACCCAUCUAUUUGCCUAACUAAAAGUCUCCCCUUAUUUAAAAGACUCUUGAAGGGACAUGACUCAUGAGAUAACCAAGACUAAAUGAACAUGAAAAGAGAAUGACUAAGAAUGUUAAUUAACAGAGCACUGGACCUUUGAAACCUUCUCACAGAUUCAUCUGCAACCUGUGCUUCAAGGACAUCUCAAAAAUCUAAUUAGUCUAUUUGUUUACUGAGCUCUCUAGUUUAUCUUUUUUAAAAAAAAGAUAUAUGCGUGUAUGUAUAUAUAUCUACAUAUGCAUAUACAUGUAUCUCCAAGAUAUGUAUUUGUACAAAUUUUAUAUUUUAGCAUUAGACUAUAAGGUGAAUCAUUUUUUAAAACAGCCAGCAAAUUCUCUGUUAUUACCCAGAAGUUGAGCAAAGCAGAAGAUGGAAGGAUAAUUGUGUUACUUCCUUUCUUCAAAAAAUGAAAUUAUUCAGAAUGUGAUGAUUUUACUCAUUCUAACAUUCACUAAAGAGCAUCAAAUAAGAGCCAUUUUCCAAACAUGCUUUGGGUCAAACAUACCUCAAUUUAGCAUUUUGGAAAUAAAUUAGAACUUUAAUAGAGUUGAAUCAUUCUUUGCUCCUUGAUUCUGAUGAUGAACUAUGUUUCUAACCCCAAACAGUCUCUGUGGUCUGCAGUCACACACAUUUCUGGAAAGCCAUUUCCCUUAACUUGUUCAUUUCUAUUACAAUAAGCAGAAAUAUUAAAAAGUGCUUGUUUUUUUUUAAAAGAAAAAAUGCUAUGUAUGAGAAAAUGUUGUAUCACCAUAGCCACCUACAGAUACCACCAAAGGUUUUUUUAAAUCAUCAGCAGAGAGUUAAUAAACAACUGUUUGUAAACUAGAUCUCUCUUUUUUUUUUUCCAUAAAGAUUUUUGUGUACAAUAAGAGAGAGGUUAAAAAUAGAAAUGACUGCUGGGAGAUUGCAUCUUAUGAACGUCUCCCCUUACCCCUAGGUAGAGCACCCCUGUAAGGGAAGGUUUACCUCUGUUACAGAUUGAUAGAUGACAAAGCUGAUGUGUUAAAUGUCUUGGAAUGGAGAUACUUUGGAAAGUUCUAGAAACUUGAGGCUCUAUUCAGAAACACAGUUGGGCCUCAGUAAUGUAGGUUAAGGCUAAGGUUGUUAAUGUUUGGGAUAAGCACUCCACAAAUAGGAUUGUGGGCUGCUUUGCUGCUGGCAUUCUCUUUCACUACUAACUGACUAUUUGGAGGGAAGCCUACUUUUUUAGCAAAGACAAAUAAACUUAAAUUAGAACUUAGUGAACUGGUCUACACCACUUAGAACUUCAACUUCUAAGGAUGUCUAUACGUGCAAGAUAUGAUUUGGCUUUAAAUGUUAUUUAUUAGCUGUAAAUAUGUGUUUGCGUGGGUGUGUGUGUAAAGGUAGUUUGUAUAUAUUGACAAAAGUAUCAAGGCUUUCUGCAUUUAUAUAUGUGCGGUGCUAACUCUGUAAAUACUUUUUAAUAGUGAUGUUGUCUCACUGAAGCAAAUUUGCUCUUACAAAAGAAUGCAGUAGGCUGAGCUUUUCAUUAAAGAGACAUUCUUAACUCUGUCAAGAAGUAAAACUUGCUUUUAAUAAAAAUGGACAAAAUUCGA